AUGAAAUCAGCUGCUAAAACAGCUUCUAUGAUUGUGACAAUGUUCACCCAACAGAAGUAUCAUAUUAUCUAAGCUGUAGCCAAGAAUUGCAACUUGUGUAAGCAAGGAAAGAAUUUGAUUAACUCACAAGGGAAAUAGCAGAGAGAAGAAAGAAACUGCUUUCAGUAUUUAACAAGGGUAAGGCUAAAGAAAAGGAGAAGGUAGAUGCAAACAAAGCAGAAAAAUUCAAAAAUAUGGUACUUAAAAUUUUUAAAAACUAAGGAUGAACACAAAAUACCAUUGGAAGAACUUGAGUAGAGAUAUUAAACAAGUUCAAAGGAUGGAUUAACUAAAGAUGUGGCCAAUUAAAGAUUGUAGGAAGUUGGAAAAAAUGAAUUAACUUAAAAAGAGAAAUCACCUUGGUAUAUAAAAUUAAUCCAUGAAUUAACAUCUAUGUUUUCAAUGCUCUUGUGGGUUGGAUCAAUCUUGUGCUUCAUAGCUUAUGGAUUGGCUCCAGAGGAUCCGUCAAAUGUAAAUGUUGUUGUCAUAUUCUAGUUAUAUCUGGGUAUUGUUAUAGUAGUAGUAAAUACAUUGACAGGAGUGAUUACAUUUUUCUAAAAUGCCAAAUCAGAAGCAAUAAUGGACUCUUUUAAGAAUUUCAUACCUCCAGAGACUUUAGUAAUAAGAGAUGGUGUAUAAUAAAAAUUACCAGCUUCUAAUUUAGUACCUGGAGAUGUAGUGAUUGUAGAAAAUGGAAAAAGAAUUCCAGCUGAUAUUAGGAUAUUGGAGAGUAAUGAGAUGAAGGUUGACAAUUCUAGUUUGACAGGAGAAUCAUUAUUGCUAAUGAGAACUUUGGAAUGCACAAAUCCUGUGAAUCCUUUGGAAACGAAAAAUUUGGCCUUUUUUGGAACACUAUGCAAAGAGGUAGUUAAAGAUCUAUAAUUUAGGGAAACGGAAAAGGGUUGGUUAUAUUUACUGGAGAUAAUACUGUUAUAGGUUAGAUAGCUGGUUUAGUAGAGAGUUCUGGAAGUGAAGAUACUACUUUAAGAAAGGAACUUAAUAAUUUUAUAAAGAAUAUAAGUGUAAUAUCAACAAUAUUUGGAGUAAUCUUCUUUGUUUUGGGCUUUGCAAUUGGAUAUCGUAUAAAUACUUUUAAUCUACUUAGCUCCAAUUACAAAUCUUGUCUUUGGAAUAGGAAUUAUAGUAGCAAAUGUUCCAGAAGGGCUUUUGGCCACAGUUACAGUUGCCUUAACAUUAACAGCAAAAAAGUUGGCUUAUAAGAAGGUUCUAGUGAAAAAUUUAGAGGGAGUUGAAACUCUUGGAUCUACGUAAUAAAUUUAUUAAAAUAAUAGUUCUUGCGUAUGUUCUGAUAAAACAGGAACUUUGACUUAGAAUAAAAUGACAGUUGAAAAUUUAUGGUAUAAUAACAAGAAGCAUAAGGGAGCAAAUCUAGAAAAAAUGGGUCAAAAGUAUAAAUACGAAUAUGAUCUAAAUGAAAUAGGGUUUAAAAUACUUUAAGAAACAGCUGUGCUUUGUUCAGAUGCAGUGUUUGAUAAUUCUUUACCUCAGGAUUAAAAGAUUAGAAUAUAGAAUGCAAUUGGAUUGAAUCAAUAAUAAAAGGAUUAAAAAUUAAAGGAAGCAAACGAGAAAUGGGAAUAGAAUUUUAAUAAGAUGCUUUGUUAAGAAAAACCAACUAUAGGAGAUGCAUCUGAAACUGCUUUGAUCAAGUUUUUCCAACCCAUAAGUGAUAUUUAGAGAAUGAGAUAAAGUAGAACAACUGCUAAAGAUACGGAGAAUAAGCUUGCAAAAAUGCCCUUCAAUUCUAAUAAUAAGUAUGCAUUCAUCAUAGUGGAAUAUGAGACCUCAGAUUCUCAUUAUUGUUUAUUAAGCAAAGGAGCACCAGAAAGAAUAUGGAAAUUAUGCAAUUCGAUAUAUAAGGAUGGACAGAUCGAAACAAAGGAUGAGAAAUGGGAACAAUCUUUCGAGUAGAUAAAUGAAUAAUUUGGAAGACAAGGAGAAAGAGUAUUGGGAUUUGCCAAGUUGCAUUUACCAAAAGAACAAUUUCCAAUAGGAUACUAGUUUAACUUGGAUAAGAUGAAUUUCCCAUUUAAUAAUUAAGUAUUUGUAGGGUUAAUCUCAUUAAUUGACCCUCCCAAAGACAAUGUUCCUUAUGCUGUGAUUAAAUGUAAAACAGCAGGAAUACAAGUUAUUAUGGUUACUGGAGAUUAACCAGUCACAGCUGCAGCCAUAGCUAGAUAAUGUAACAUAAUAACAGAGAAAACAGUUGAUGAGAUAAUGAUUGAAAAAGGAAUAUCAUUUGAGGAGGCAUUCCAUUAAUCAAAUGCAUUAGUAAUUCACGGUGAUAAAUUGACUAAAAUGGCAAUUGAUGAAGAAGGUCUACCUGAAGAUGAAAAGGGUAGAUAAUUGUAGGAAUGGUUGAGUAAACCAUAAUUAGUCUUUGCAAGGACAAGUCCAGCAUAAAAAUUAAUUAUUGUUGAUGGAUGUCAAAAGAGAGGACAUAUAGUGGCUGUGACAGGAGAUGGAGUUAAUGAUAGUCCUGCAAUCAAGAAGGCAGAUAUAGGUAUUGCAAUGGGUAUUACUGGAUCUGAUGUUGCUAAGGAUGCAGCUGAUAUGAUAUUGUUAAAUGAUGAUUUUUCAAACAUUGUCAUAGGCAUAGAGGAAGGAAGAAAGAUCUUUGAUAAUUUAAAGAAAAGUAUGGCUUAUUGUUUGACCUCAAACAUUUCAGAGUUGGUUCCAUUUAUUGGAUUUGUUAUCUUCAGACUACCGUUACCAUUAACUACAGUAUUGAUAUUAUGUAUUGAUUUGGGAACUGAUGUUUUUCCAUGUACCACCUUUGUAUUUGAAGAUGCUGAAAUAGACAUAAUGACUAGGAAACCACGAUCAAAGAAUGAUCAUUUGGUUGGUGGGAAAAUGUUCAUCUAUGCAUAUUUACAGAAUGGAUUCUUAUCUACAUAUUGUGGAUUCUUCUAAUGGUUUGCAGCCUUCUACGAUUUUGGGUUCUUUCCUUCUAAUUUACUAUACAUAGGAAUUAGAAAAACUAUUCUACCAAAGAUUAAUGAUGUUUAUGAUCCUUAAGAUCCAUGGUUUGGCAAUACAAAUCUAAAGUAAUUAUUUUAAGAUGGAGUUUGUACAGAAUUUCCUGAAUCUGAGGUGAAGGAAGUAGAUUGGAUAUUUGCCAAUCAUUCUAGUCUUGAUUUGAGGAUGGCUUAUCUUGAAUGCAAGGAUGGUAAGAUUUAGUAAUCAUUUGAAUGGGCCUAAUGCACUGUUAAUUUAGUAUCUCCUUAUACAAAUAGACCUUAUUGUUAUACAACUGAAGCGUCAAAUUAUGCUUAAACAACAUUCCUCUAUGGUAUUGUAGUUGGGUAAAUAGCCAAUUACUAGGGUUUGAGAUCAUUAAUAAAUGCAGGAACCUUUUAAGGUAAUUUAUUGACAGCAUGUAUUAGGUUUUUCGAAUUAUUAUAUGUUUUUUGCCUUUUGGGUGGAGCUUAUGUUAACUGUGUGUUUGUCCUAUGUUCAAGUCUUUAACGCAGUAUUUGGAACUAGAGACGUGUUAUUUAUUCAUUAUGGCACUGGAGCACUUCCUUUUGCAUUAGUGAUGUUAAUCUGGGCAGAGGGAAGGAAAUAUCUAGUAUAUAUUUCAAUUAUAAUUUCUAGAUACGUCGUUUCAAAUCAAAAACAUCAUUCCCUAGUUGGUGGGAAAGAUGCGUUUAAUUUUGA